UUCAAAACAAUCUAAGGUUAAUCUUUGAAGAAUAUAGUAAAUUUCUACGAAUAUUUUACUAUUAUUUGAAAAUGUAUGAAUUAAUAUUAUUUUAGCUGAACAAUGGAUAGUUUCAAUUUUGAAAAGUGCUCUAUGAGGAACAGUAUAAUAUGCUGUGAAUUAGUAAUAAAAAUCAAACAAUAUAUAAACAUUCUCCAGUUUGAAUCAAGCAGGCUAAGCAUGUUGCAGUUGGAAUGUAACAAACUAUUGGACAAGUUUUAUUCUUCCAAGGAAGAGUUUGAUUUCCUCAUUAAAGACUCAAUCCGAAUUAAAUAUAUUGGAGAAGAAGACUCUUUGAGGGUAGAAGAAUAUAUAAAGGAAUUUUCAACAUUUUUCAUGAAUGUGUGGCAAGUGGGCAAACUCAAGUUUUCAGAAAAAGGAAAACGGAUGAAGUACAUAUGUUUUGUGGGUAAUCCGUUGGUGGAAGUCAUGUCCACUAUCCAGAGCUUCGUACAGGAGGUGAUGGUCAGAUUGACGUACAUGCCUUAUCAUUCUGAGUGCGCUUCUAUCAUGCAUAAUAUAUGUAACCAAAUACAUAUAGAACUUCAGGAGGAAUGUCUUGGCUCGGCAGAUACUUGUUUACGCCAGUACAUUUACUUACAGGCAGCCAUUCCUUUCCUACAGGAACUCAAGUACUUGAUACACCAAUACCUUAUAACUCCUGGGAUACACACUGAUAAACAGUUUGUGGAUACUGUAAUCCUUCAGAUACCGGCCAUCAACAAAGAUAUGCUGAAGGACGAUGAUAAAGAUAUGGUGACUUUCAGAUUCGUUGUUGAUUUACUUAAUGGCAAACUUGUUGACAAAGAUGUGUUGGAUCAUAAUUCAGAUAUUAGACCUAUAGUGGAGGAUGACAUUAAUUUGAAACGAAGUUUGCUGGUAACAAAAACUGUAGAGUGGAUUAUGCAACAAUAUAAAAUUGAAGAUGUAUCGAGCGUGUUCCAUAAUCUCACUCAUCAUUUGGUGCCUGUUGACGCAAUUGGGAGAAAGAGAUCUUGUUAUGACUGGACUCCUUACAGUCUAAGAACAUUUAACUAUCCUAAUCCUGUUGAUUUCAUAGACACUAUGGACACAUCUGAUAUACAAAAACUUGAUUGGUCUUUGGUGUACAAUGGUUCACCAUCCCCCCAGAGAAAAUUUAGCAGGAGGGGUCGGAAAACAGGACUGAACAACAAUGAAAUAAGCACAAGUAACGACCUCCAACCAAUUAGACUACAGACCUUGCAAACACCUUUACUUCCCCCUUUACUAUAAACUUCGUUGUAUUAUAACUGUUUUGUUUAAAGAUGAAUUUUUUGUUAAAGUUAUUUAAAAUAAAUAGAUGAUUAAUCUAUAAACAUUUGUUAUG